AUGGGGGUUCCAAUGCUACGGCCGACCACACCGGGCAGCCCCGGCUCUCCGAACAUCCUGGCCCUGAAUCCGGCGUGGCUAGACAUCUUCCGCUUCUGCAGCAUUCGUGACCUGGGUGCGAGUCUGGCAGUAGACAGACACUGGAGAGCUGCUGUGGACUCCCAUCAUGUAUGGGCUGAUGCGUAUGAUCGAACGCAGAGAGUUGAUGACUCCAGUGCCCCUAGCGGUGAAAACCUGCUGCGGUCGCUGAUCGAACGGCCUUUCGGGGAGGAUGCGGUGGGAUGGCAUGUCGCCGUUCUGGCGGAAGACCACGGCUACAGCACAGAACGCUACUAUGCAGGCCGCGUCGUGGCAUACAGUGUCGAGACAGACACCUACCUCAUAGCCUAUGACACAGAAGGCGCGCAAGCGGAUCAGCCCAACAUGCAUUGGGAGCAGGAAAGACGGAAGCGAACAGCAGCCAUGCGACACAACCCAUCCCUCGCUGGAAAGAGUCGGUUCUCAUUCUUGUCGCCGCCGCCACAUCUGCCAAAGUCAGGAGCCGCCUACAGUUCCUCGGUGGCCCAUGCAGAGCCCUCUCAGAAGGUACGCGCAAGAGAUGAGAGAUCGCGUGAGCCACUCCGAGGUUCUUGGAAGGAAGAGCUGAAGCACAAUGUGCUUCAGGCACCCACCCAGAUGUUGACGCAACUGAAUGACCACAGCGAUGAGGUCCUGUUUGUUGUGUUCUCACCCUGUGGAACUCGCUUGGCAAGCUGUUCUCGGGACUUGCAAACGAUCGUCUUCAAAGUUCAGACGGAUUGCGACAGUCCCAGCGACCACGAGGGUGUCCUAAUCGGCUCCAAGGAGAGCGAGCCUUCCAAAUUCCCGCGGUUUGAACGGGAAGCCAUUUUCACGCAUCAGACUGCGCCGUGUCGAGCAAUGUGGUGGCCCAUCCCGCCAUAUGACAUGGUCGCUGUCAGCACGGAGGCAUGCAGAGCCGACGGAUGA